GUUUUUUUUAACAUGGCCGGCCGGCAAGGGAAGUCGUUAUCCGGUACCAAAAGAAAGAAAGGGCCUGCGACAGUUCUCUGGGCCUUGGGGACCGCCUGGGUGGCGUGUCUCAUGGCACGGGGCGUGGAGGGCGGCGACUCGUCGCUGAAGUGCGAAGAUCUUCGAGUCGGCCAAUAUAUUUGUGAUGAUCCUAAAAUAGACAAUGACACUCAGGAACCUGUGAACUGUACCAAUCAUACUGCAUACGUUGCUUGUCAUCCUGCACCAAAUGUUACAUGCAAGGAUUUCAGUGGAAAUGAAACCCAGUUUACUGGGAAAGAAAUUGGAUUUUACAGACCCAUAGAAUGUCGAAAUGUAAAUGGUUACUCCUACAAAGUAGCAGUAGCUCUGUCUUUAUUUCUUGGUUGGUUGGGAGCAGAUAGGUUUUAUCUAGGAUAUCCGGCCUUAGGUUUGUUAAAGUUCUGCACGGUGGGGUUUUGUGGAAUUGGUAGCUUGAUUGAUUUCAUUCUGAUUUCAAUGCAGAUCGUGGGACCAUCCGAUGGCUCUAGUUACAUUAUAGAUUAUUAUGGAGCAAGACUUACCAGACUGAGUAUUACUAAUGAGACAUUCAGAAAACCACAGAUAUAUCCGUAAACUUGCCAGUAAGUGCCUUGAUUUGGAAUAUGG